AUGGUUAUUGAAUUGACUGACUCCCCUGUUUCCUCUGUGCAAGAAUUGCCCCCCACUACCCCGCCACCGCCUCCCGUUGAUGGGAUCCUUCUCAGCGGUGGCACUGGCACCAAUGACGAAAUUUUGGUCAUUGCCUGUGGGAACUGCACAGCCCGCAAUGUGGUGGAGAUGGUGAAGGACUAUUACUAUGUGGUCUUCAAAGGCAGGGGUGCGGUUGGUGUUUUUCGGAGCCUGGAGGCUGCAGACCUUGUCUGUGUGAGUGUUCCCAAUGUGUUCUGA